GCGUCGUUUCCAUAAGGGAUAUGCCGAUGGUUAUGUGGGUUAUGAUGCAAAGGAAGACGCGAUCGUUGUGGCAUUUGCAGGCACGGAUGCGAGCAGUAUCGGAAACUGGAUAUCGAACAUAGACUUCAAAGAUACAGAGUACACUGUAGGCUCGUGUGAGGAUUGUCAGGUUCACGAGGGAUUCAACAAAGAUUACGCAGGAGUCUCAGAUGACGUAAGACUUUUCGUUAGUGACCUGCUGGCAACGCAUCCGGAUGCACCGCUUUGGAUAACUGG